AAACCCUCUAUUUUCAUGAUCGUAGGGGAGGGCCAGUGCUUACAAAACAGACCAAUCCCAGCUGUUGUGAUCUGUGUAGACGUAACAGCAGUAACUGAUUCUGGAGAACAUCAGGAGAACAGCACAGCUCUUCAGUUACUGAUCAAGAUGAGAGGCUUACUGUUCCUGCUCAGCGCUCUGUUCCUGCUGGAGUCAACAAAGGGACUGAAAUACGAAGAGUUAAAUGAAGAUGACAGAAAAAUUGUUGACGACGCAAUAAAACAAGGCAAUAAGAUGCGUGGAACAGUCAAACACCUCGACUUUUACAGUAUCACAACAACGGGGAAUGUACGUGAGGUGAUACUGAGACCCACCUCAUGUGACAAAACAACACCAAGUGUCCAUCGGGAAGAAUGUAAAACCGAAGAUAAGAAACCUCAGGUUUCCUGUAUUCAUUGUAAUGGAAUCAUGAAAGCAUGUUUAUUUCUUAUGCAGGAAAAAGAGAUACAAAAAACGAUGAUUGAAUGUAAGCCUAAUCCUGGGUCAGAACAUCGAUUGUUCUGAAAAGGAGGAAAUGAACAGCAACUAACUGGAUGUCUUGGAUGUAUCUGAGAUGAAAAAAAUAUAAAUAACAUUCGCAACAGGCCAUUUGAAAAAAAGAAGAAAA